AUGGCGAAUCCCGAGACAACUCCUUCCCGUCCCUCUAUUACACGAUGCGAUGCAACGGAUCCAUCAACCACAACAGAGAAGCUCGUCGAGAUCAUCAACCGCGAUGGUGGCAUCAUAGUAGAGAAGUUGAUCGAACGCCAACUCGCGGAAGAGAUCAAGCGAGACCUUAAGCCUUACUUUGAUGAGGACAUCCCGGACAAAUACGGCCUGUUCCCAGCAACUACGCAGAGAGCAUCCGGCCUACUGGGCAUCUCGGACGGCUGCGUAGAACUCGCAUGCAACCGCGUUUAUACCGACGUUGCGAAUGCUCUGGUCUCUUCGUCUUACACCUUCUGGCGGGGCGAUAAGCAGAAGACUGUGAGCGGGAAGCCCAUCAUCUCUUCGACGGUGGGCUUCCGGGUGAAUCCGGGAGGCAAGCAACAGGUACUACACCGUGAUGACAAUGAUUAUCAUCCUCACGACAAGAAAUUGCCCGUGAUGAUUGGUUGCGUCACUGCUUUGACAAAGACAACAGCAGCGAACGGCGCGACUGUCGUGAUUCCGGGCUCGCACCUCUGGGGCCCCGAACGUCGUCCACUCGAUGAAGAAACUGUUCCAGCAGAACUCGAACCCGGCGAUGCUUUGAUCUUUCUGGGGAACUUGUACCACGCUGGAGGGGGGAACGUGACCACGGAUGAAUAUCGGGAGACCGUUGGAAUCUUCCUCUGCCAGCCGACACUACGUCCCGCGGAGAACCAAUUCCUCAUGGUGCCUUUUGAGCGGGUGAAGAAGAUGAAGCCCCAGGCGCAACGUCUUCUGGGGUAUGGUCUGUGUGAGCCAGGUGUCGGGUUCAUGAAAUACCAGGACCCGAUGCGAGUGCUCUUCGGUGUCGAAGACGAAGAGACGGUCGAUUUCUAG